GUAUCCCCCUCCUCGCGCAGUGGUGCCAUUUCUAGAGAAUUCUCCCUAGUUCUAGGGAGAAUUUACGAUGUUUUCUAGUUCUAGGGACUUUUAGCAAAAGGGAAAUUCUAGGGAUUUUUUACCGUUUCAAAAAAAAGAUUAAUGAAUAAUUAAAUUCCAAUCUAUAUUGCAAAAAUAUAAACGGACCCUGUUAACAUAAUUGUUAAAUAAAACAGUAUACAGCUUUGCUAAUUACAAGGUUGGUUGCACUGUACAUCUUCUGUGUGAAUCGUGAAUCACCGAUAAGUUCUCCGCCACCUGCCGCCACCGACGACUGUAUGACGCAUACCCAGUUCAUUAAAGUGUGACGCGAUGUUUUUGCGACUGCGUGCGUUUAAUGUGAAUAUUAGGACGGUCAAAUUAAAAAAGAAUCUUUGUUCAAAGUUUUUAAGUUUAGUUUUGUGAUGAUGGAGUCCGAUACAGCAGAAAAUUCUGAUCAAAUGUGAAGUAACCAAAGGGAAAUGGCAAAAUUUGAGAGAUAACUUUCGCAGAGAACAUGCAAACAUUUCGAAGGCGCCUACAGGUAGUGCAGCUCUCGGUAAUACUCAAAUCUCUUCGUGGAAAUCAUACAAACAACUUUCAAUCCUAAUCGGCGCGUUUUCUUCCCGAAGAAUGAAGACAAAUAUCCCUUCCGGGUUAAGCCAAACUUCAGAGCUAGCUGAUAUCCUAAAUGAAGAAGAAGAAGAAGAAGACGUAGCAAGGGCAUCUAACAACACCAUUGAUCCUAAUUGUGCGAUCAGCAACAGUACUGUUGAAACACAACAAUCACAAACCCUCUUAGAUACUGUUCAAACAGACCCGUUUCGUGGUCCCAGUGUAAAGUCGUUCAAAUAGUAUAUCUGGCUACGGGCUCAUCCUUUCGGAGUAUUGGAUUUCCGAAUGGCUAAUAAUACAGUUGCCGGUAUUGUACACGAAACAUGCAGGGCGAUAUGGGAAAAUCUUGGAGAAAUCCACAUGAAAUUUCCAUCGAAUGAGGAAGCAAUUCAAAUUACAGAUAACUUUUGGAAGCGGUGGAAGUUCCCAAAUUGUAUAGGAUGCAUUGAUGGGAAACAUAUCCGUAUCAAAGCCCCUGCAAACUCUGGCAGCAUGUUCUACAAUUAUAAACAUUUUUUUUCAAUCGUCCUACAAGGUAUUGCUGGCCCAGACUAUAGAUUUAUUGCAAUAGAAGUUGGGGCUUAUGGCAAAGAAAGCGAUGGUGGGAUAUUUUCGAAUUCACGUUUAUCGAAGCGGUUAGAAAAUGGUUCCCUCAAUGCUGCUUCUGAACGACAAUUGCCGGGUACCAACGUAUUUUUGCCUCACGUACUAAUAGCAGAUGAAGCAUACCCUUUAAAAACGUACUUAAUGCGCCCCUAUCCUGAAAGAAGCUUAGGACCUGAGGAAGAAUACUAUAAUAGACGUUUGUCAUUAGCUAGACAAGUCGUUGAAUGUGCCUUUGGAAUAAUGACUAGCAAAUGGAGACUACUAACUAAAAGUAUGGAAGUUCACCUCCAAAAAGCUGACAUUAUUAUCCAAUGCAUAUGCCUUGUUCAUAAUAUUGUUAUUGACAGAGAGGGUAUACCUUUGAACAUUGAACCCACACCGAAUGGCCUCCAACAAAACGCAGCCAUUCGAGCACGUAACAGGUGAAAACCAUGCUGUCAGAAGAGCAUAUGCUAUUCGAGAACAAUUUAAGUCUUUUUUCAAUAAUAAUCGUAUAUAAUUUUUUCUAGCAUUAAGAAGAAAAAUAUUCUGUACUUAAAAAAAUUAAUGUUUGUUUACAAAAUACAUACCUGUACACUUCAUUUCUGAUGCUAUUUCUUUCCAAGCCUUUCUUUGCAAAUCUCUCG